AUGGGCCGGUACGGUUGUCCUUUUCUCUCUGAAAGUACAACUGGCGAAGAUCACAACAGUAUAACAGAUGUUUGUAACCGCCUGGACCGGUGGAUGAUGGAAAUGCCCCAUCAGGAUCUCCCAGUUCCGCUAAAUGGGGUUAUCCGCGAACACAGCCUAGAGGACCGCCUGGCCGACGAAUCUCUGCGCAGCACUAUCGCAUCAUUUUCGGCUAGGUGGCUUCCACUUGCGUCACAAACGCCAGAUGCAGCUCCGUGCUAUCAGGGGGUUGUACAUGCGCUUUGGCGGCAUGCGCGACGAGAUAUGCUCCGGGUCAUCAACCGUCCGUCGUACCGCUCGAUGCUCGCACUUUUCUUGUUCGCCUUGACGCCAGUUCCAACAGGAAUCUCAGAGGAAGAGGAGGCCGAUGGUAUCUCUGGCCAGGUAUGUAUCCAUGCCGCCCUCCAACAAAUCCAAACCCUUCGAGCCCGACAACGUAGUUUGCAAUUCAACGGCACCAAAGUAUCGCAACCCACAAAGUCUCAUACGAUUCCAGCCAUUCCCGAAACGGUUGGGGCGAGCGACUUUAUUACUGCCGAGAACAUUGCGUAUUGGGCAGCGCUGACAUUUGACACGUCCGCGUCCCUCACCCUCGACUGUCGAUCGCUUCUUUCCUCUGGGCUCUUCGGUUUUGAAGCGGAACUCCCGUGGCGCCUGGUUAGGACUGGAGCUACAAUGUUCCAAACUAAAAUGGAGAACUGGCAUGCGCAUAGUGUCUAUGAUAUGACAGAUGAGCAUGCAGACGAAAUUAUAGCUACCGGAACGGCCUGGAAGCUCUUGGCCUGGAAAUUGACUGCAGUUUUCAAAGAAGCCCUGAGAGAUGGCCACGAUGAAUCCGAAGUCUUACGCGCCUUUUCACUUGUCACUGAAGCUAUUCAACAAUUUCAUGAAACCUAUCGCCCUUCCCUCGAAGCUUGUCAGCGGCGUAUGCCAUUUUUGAGCCAACAAACCAAGUUUCGUUGGUAUUCACUCAUGUUACACUAUUACCUUAGUAUACUGUUACUGGCCAACGUAAUUGAGGCAAGCGACCGUCUGGACUUGCUUGCCGACCUAGAGGAAGCCAACGCUGAUGCAGAGAGUGUGGUUGUCAACACCCUUAUGUUUGGUCUGCAUAACACCAUCACCUUGAGCGUGAAGAUGGAAUCGGACCCCUUUGGUUCUGUCGGCGCUGCAGAGACGUCCGUUACUGUUCUGCUGGUCUCUAUUGAUCCCUACCCGCACCAUAUUGUUGCUGGUGUGCAGUUGGUGCAAAAAGCUAUUGAUCGGGACCGGGCACUUGGCAAGAUAAGCCACGGGGCCCAUGCGAGCCUCCAAUCCGUUUUAGAGAAAACUCUUAGCCAUCUCCCUCAAUGCUCUAAAUCUGUGAAGGCGGUUCGAGACAUGUUUUCCUCCAAGGUGUUGAGCCAUGGAGCUGGACAGCCAUCAAUACCUUACCCUCUGUAA